AUGAUGAUGACUGUUUUGAUAACUGAGGAUCCCGGCAGGUCAAUCAAUGUUUACUUACUGCCGUUGGUUGAUGAGCUAAAGGAUUUACGGACAAACGGUGUGCAUACGUACGAUAAAUCCACUGGGAAGAUGUUCACUUUGCGAGCAGCAGUUAUGUGGAAUGUGAAUGAUUUUCCUACGUAUGCAAUGGUUUCUGGGUGGAGCACGAAGGGUUAUAUGGCAUGCCCUAUUUGCAAGGAAGAUGUGACUUCUAGUUGGCACGCCGGAAAAGUUUGUUACCUUGGUCAUCGGAGAUGGUUGCCAAGGGACCACGAGUGGCGGGAAAAGGAUAAAGAGUUCGACGGGAAGAAAGAGCACGACCUCAGACCUAGAGAGUGGUCCGGUGAUGAGAUCUUAGAACAGCUUAAUCGUUUGGAUUUUGCUCUGUUUGGAAAAACAGUUAGUCAGACCAGACCUGCUACACAUAUGAAUUGGACGCACAAGCCUACGUUUUUUAAGCUUCCAUAUUGGUCUAAACUAACAUUGAGGCACAAUCUCAACGUUAUGCAUGUUGAGAAAAAUGUCUUUGACACAUUGAUGGGCACGAUUCUAGAUAUCGAGGGGAAGACAAAGGACACGAUCAAAGCUAAUUGGAUUUGGAAAAAAUGGGCAUACGAAGGGGUUUAUGGAUGA